CUCCAUGUUGGAUUUGCACAAAACCGGAAAUGAUAACGCGUAGUUUGAUUGGCAGAGACAUGCAACUUUUAUCCAAUGAAAAUCAGUGUUACAAUAUGAAAAUUCCAAUAUGGCCGUGUAGCAACAAAUAUCAACAACGUUAAAGGUGAGAGCUUCGGUAUUACAAGAAGAACGUGUUCAGCAUCAGGAUUUAACUAUUUUUAAAGAUGUAAACCUUUUAUCUAAUGCUUAAGAUCGUGUUUGAUGUUGAUCGACGCUACGGAACGCUCAGAAGUAUACAUUUAUUUGAGUUUCAUUACAUCUGUUACUGAGCAGUGAGCAAACCACUCAGCUGCUCAGUUGUCAGUGAAUGUAAUCUUUGAAAUUGAGCCAAGAAGAAAUCGUAAUUUCGUGACAAUAACGCAACUAUGGGGUCAGCGAAACAGCAAUCGGCUAUUUCAAAGGUAAUGAGCCUUCUUCAAGAAUGGGACAAAGGAAGUAAAGUGGUCAGAGGAAAAAUUCUUAAAGACUUCAUUUCACAAAAUCAAAACAAGACAGGUCCUGAGCUUGAACAGGAGUUUGCUCAGGCUGCAAGUCUUUUUCUAGCAAGAUUAACAGCAUGGCUUCGACUGACAUAUAUGAUUGGUACCAGUCUGAAUGACCAGUUGAAGGCAAUAUCAAUAUUUCUGUCAGCUUCAAGUGGACAUAAGUUUAUGGCAGAGUUUCUGGAGGUUGGAGGAGUUCUAACAUUACUUGAGAUAAUUGGCUUAAAACAGGCAAAGGAGGCUGACAAACUUGAAUCCCUGAAAUGCCUGCAGGCUAUUGCUAAUGCUGGACGAAAAUACAAAGAACUCAUCUGUGAAAGUUAUGGUAUCAGGGCAGUGGCUGAGUGUCUGGCCAAGUCAAAGACAGAGGAAACUCAGGAUGCCUGUCGAAACCUGCUGCUGAUGCUGGCUCAAGGAAACCCGAAGUUCCAGACACAGGUCUACAAGGGACUUAUUGCUCUUCUUCCCUGUAGUUCUCCAAAGGCUCAGCAGAUGGCAGCACAAUCGCUUCGCACUGUACAGCCAAUAGUACAGACAGCCAAUGUCAGCAUUGUGGAGCCACUUCUCAACCUGCUAAAGACUCUGCAUCUGGAGGUCCAGUUUGAAGGAAUUGAACUAAUCAAGGAGUUGAUGGCAUAUGAUGAAGUUGCAGCUCUGCUACAAAAAGGCCUGGUAGGCCUGUUGCAUCCAUCCAAGGAGGACACCAUUCGCAGACCCGAAAUCCUGGAAGACCCAGAUGUACCCAAGAUCAAUGCCCCACUGCCAGUUUAUGUACAACAGGCUGCCGCCGCCAAAACUAUUGGGAUUCUUGAGAGGGAGUCAAACGAAAUUGCAGAGAAGUUAAUACAGCUGAAAGUGACCCACAAUUUGUUGUAUGCGAUGGGUAACCAGGACCACGCUGACAGCCAGAGACAGGCCAGCAUGUCACUAGAGUAUCUGUGUCGGACCUUCCCAAUUGUUGAUGAGAAUGUUCGGGAAGCCAUGGGGGAAGUAUUGUACAAUAUUUUCAUGUCUAACCCAGAAUCUUUGUACAUGAAUAUGACACACAUACAGGCGGAUGUAUUAGUAUCAAACAAAGUCAACAUUCCUAACGUGGUUGAAACAGUGGACUGAGACCUAACUUGGAAACAUUGAUACCAAUGAAAAUUGGACAUGAACACUUACCACUAGUACGGUCAAUCCUACAUCUGCUGACUCUCUGAAACUGUGGAUUAUAAUUUGGUCAGAGACAUAUAUAGCCAUUGUUUCUUGAAGAACUCGAAUUGACUUCACUUUUCAGAAGACAAAAAAUGAAAACAGAAAACAAAAGCAGAUGAAGUUCCUGUAUGCAAUUAAGUUUCACCAAUGCAGUGAUAAUGUUUUUUGAAGUUAAUUUAACAAAGAUCCACCGUGCUCCCUUGUGGUGUAAGAAUUGAAUUAAGCUGUGAUAUACUGAUAUGUUGACAUUCCCUUGGGAACCUUUUACGAUGUAGCAGAUUACUUGAUUUAUUUGCUACAGCAAUCAAAGACUCUUCGGAUCGAUUAUUAUACAGCUUUAGGAUUCAAUCCAUAUCAACAAAAUAUUCAAUUGUAAAUAAAACGUAUAUAGAUUUUA